AUGUACAAGCUGAGCGAGUUAUCUAUAAGUGGGAGAGCUUUUGAAGGAAUGCGCAAUCUCAAAUACUUAAGAUUUAACGAAGCAAAUGUUAGCUUGUUAGAUGACAUGGAGUAUUUACCCCGCUUAAGGCUAUUAGAUUGGGAUUCAUACCCGGGAAGACGUCUUCCUCCAAGAUUUCGACCAGAAUAUCUCAUUGAACUCAGAAUGCAAAACAGCGAGCUCGAAGAGCUGUGGGAAGGAAUCCAGCACCUUCCGAAUCUCAAGAACAUAGAUCUUAGCGAUUCCUAUAAGUUGAAAGAAAUCCCAAAUCUCUCGAAAGCCACUGGCCUGGAGACAUUGAGACUUACAUGUUGUGAGAGCUUGGUGGAGAUUCCAUCUUCUAUUUCGAAUCUACACAAGCUGAAGAGUUUGGAGGCUUUAGGGUGUAUUAACCUACAAGUUGUUCCUACGGACAUGGACUUAGCAUCUCUCGAGAACGUAGACAUGAGUGGGUGCUCACGGUUGAGGACCUUGCCAAACAUUUCCAAGAACGUCAAGACUCUUCAAGUACUAUGCUCGAAGAUUGUCGAUUUUCCUGCAUCCGUUACUGGAUACUGGUCUACUCUCGAGUGUCUUGACAUAGGCAGCAGCAGCCUCAAGAGACUAACGCACGUGCCGCUAGGCCUUACUUCGCUAAACCUAAGCACCAGUGAUAUAAAGACGAUUCCAGAUUGCGUCAGAGCUCUCCCUCAUCUAGAUUUUCUCAUUGUGGCGAACUGCUCAAAACUCGUGUCGAUUUCUGGCCUUUCCCCUUCGCUUAGGUACCUAGUUGCAGACGACUGUGUAUCACUCACGAGAGUAUGCUUGUCGAUCAAGGGACUCACGCUUUACAACUGUUUCAAUCUGGAUGGAGAAACAAGAAAAGGAGUCAUACAACAUGACGUUGAUUGGUACGCAUGCUUACCAGGCAAAGAAGUCCCUGAGGUAUUCACUCACAAGGCUACGGGGAACACCGUGACUAUCCCUCUGACGGCUCCUGGUGGCGUGCAGCGGGCGUACUCUGCUUCUUCGAGAUUCAAGGCUUGCCUUGUGCUUUCGCCAAUUAUGUACUUCUCCAAACUCUAUAUAACCUGUCGUCUAAGAAGCAAAGGAGACACCGAAAUCGACAGCAUUCGCCGGUGGCAAUGGCGUCCAAAUUGGCCUCCUCAAAAUCUGUCGGAACAUCUGUUUAUACUUUGCGAUGACUUGUUGGAUGAACAAGACGGAUGUCUUGGAGAAAUGGAUGUGACUAUGGAGGAAAUGAUGUUUGAAUUCAGCUGCUGUGACGACUUGUUUGAUGAACAUGACGGAUGUCUUGGAGAAGUGGAUGUGACUAUGGAGGAAAUGCUGUUUGAAUUCAGCUGCAGGGGUAACGGUGACAAGAUUCUAGGAUGUGGUGUACAGAUUUUGGGAGAAGAAAGAGAGCGUAGUAGUGAAUGCAACAUAAGAGAUGGAGGUGGAGACAAUGAACAAGGAGCUCUUGAGGUAUCACAAGUUGAAAACAUCAAAAACACUAAACGUGUAGGUCACUUGAUGGGGUCAUCGAAGAAGAGAUUGCUACUUCGCCGUCCAAAACUAUCGAAGAAGAAACCAAAGCAACGAUCCUUAUAA